CCGAAGAGAAAAGCCCAUAACAAUGAUGAAGCUGAAGAGCCUGAAGCUACAAUCGUGCCGUCUUCGAGCACUGAAUCCCAGAACGAGGUCGUUGAAGAAUCCAGCGAGGAGGCGGAGAACGGAAUAGUGGGAGAACAGAAGGAAAAAGGGAAAAGAGAGGAGAAGAAGAACGGCAAAAAGAAGGUGAAAAAUAAGGGAAAAAUGAAAAUUGAAAAAGAGGAAGAAAACGAGGAGAAGAGUGGGACUACUACAUUGUAUAAGUUUCCAAUGAAUCGGGUCAGUCGGAUUAUUAAGAGCGAGGAUUCGGAUCUUCGGAUUUCUCAGGAGGCGGUUUUCCUCGUCAACAGAGCUUCGGAGAAGUUUCUUGAACUGUUCUGCAAGGAGGCCUAUGAUUGUGCUUUUAUGGAUCACAAGAAACAUAUUGGAUACAACCAUCUGUGUAAUGUUUCUUCCAUUACUAUAACCAUUCAUUCAAAAUAAAUGCAAGCCAUGAACUAAUUGCACAUUUAUGCAUAGUUAGAUGACCUAGCUCCAAUGAAUGUGAAUCCUUGUUGCUGUAAGAUAGGUCACGGAGUGGACUGCAUUUCAUAGAGUAGAACAUGUGAACCGCUUGUGCUUGGUUUGAUAAGCCUUCUUCCUUAUGGAGGCAUGUAUUACACGUGUUUAUGGUAAAUUCUACAGAAUUGUGUUUUCUCAUCGAAACAUAUACAUUUCGGCCUUCCUGGUGAGGCAUUCGAAAAGGCUCAGGUAUU